AUGGCUCUUUGUCUAAUUUGCCAGGGCCUACUUGGUUAUCGAUUCUUACAGGAACAAAUGUUUAUGGACGAUAUAUAUACGGAAGAUAAAAAGUGGGUCAAGUUUAAGCGCAAACGACAAGUAAUCUUCAUGGAGGCAAGAGACCUUGAGGCGAAAGUCUUUAGAAAUAAGAAUAUUGACCACUGGGUUUCUCUGUACCGUCUAAAUCUUCUGGAAUACAGGGAGAUUAAAAAAUUGGAAUUUGCCUUAGGGACAUUCAGCGUUGCAGAUAGUAGGUAUUGGCGCCAGCGUGCUUCUCGGAAUCUCGUGGAGAUGGAUGAAGUUGCGCUUUUCCCAGAUGUGGAUUGGCGAUAUCUGUGCAUGGCGUUGGAGAGAAUUCAGGGAGGUGCCGAUUUUGAGGCUCGUCACCGUGUCCUUGGGAUUCUGCGUGAUGAAAUCAAGCCAAUCUUAUUGAAAAACUUGAAAGAAAGAAAUGUUCCAAGCCUGGAGGAGAUUGUGGAUCAGGUUCGCGAGAUGGACAUACCAAUGUGGGAAGAUGAGUUUUAG